AUGAGCUCUCAAAAAAUUUUAGUUUUAGGUGCCACUGGAUACAUUGGAUCUGCAACUGUCAAAACUUUAGCUAAUCUUAAAGCUAAUGUUACUGCUGGUGUUAGAGAUCCAUCAAAAGCUAAAGAAUUAUAAGACUCUGGUUCUAAAGUCAUUAAAGCUGAUAUGAGUCAAAGCUAAGCUGAACUUGCUAGAAUUCUUUCAAAUUACACCUCUGUUUAUCUUGUUACUCCUGGUCAUAUUGAUCGUACACAAAUAACUAUUAACGCAAUUCAAGCAGCUAAAUAGGCCAAUGUUUAAUACUUACUAGUUGUUUCAGUAACUUGUGCUGAUAAUCAAGAUGUUUUAUUUGGUAGACAAUUCAAUCCAAUUGAAAAAGAACUCAAAGCUAGUGGAUUAAAAUAUGGAAUAUUAAGAUUACCAAUAUUCACUGAUAAUGUUUGGGGAAAUAACGAACCAAUCAGAACACACAACACUUUCUAUGGUCCUAUCAAUGGAAACAAGAAGUUUGUAACUGUUGCAGUAUAAGAUGCUGCUUUGGCUGCUGCAGUCAUUCUUUAAAACCCAAGCAAACACAUUGGAAAAACCUAUACAAUUACUAGUGAUUACAAAAGUAGUGAUGAGCAAGCAUAAGCAUUUUCUCAAGCUCUUGGAAGAUAAAUAAAAUAUGUAAAUGCUACUUUCGAAGGAACAAAAUAAGCAUUAUUGAAGUUUAUGCCUGAAUGGUAGGUUGAUGGUGUAUUGGAGCUAUAUAAAUUGAUAGAGAAAAACGAUACUAGCCAAGUUAAUCAUACAAAUGACUUUAAAUAAAUAACAGGAAGUUAAUAAACCACAAAUUUGAAUUGGAUGUGGCAAAAUUUUAAAGCAUUUUGA